UUUUAGCGACGCGCAAAACUCGAGCAUCGAAUCGAAAAUUUCGCAACUUGUUGGUGACAUUUAUAAGGCGAUUAAUAUCUUCAUUUAAACCGACCACAUAUUACCUGGAUCAUCAUAAUUUACUUGAAGUUCAAUCAAGCAAUUACACCGAAUAUGAUUCCUUUAUUUACUUUGAUGCUGCUUUUUGGGGCCUCGGAGGCAAAAAGCUUAUUUCAGUUAAAAGGGCCGCAGGAUGCGCAACUUAAAACUGCUGAAACGAGACCGAGAAAGUUUGACAGCGCCAUAUUGAAGGAGAUGCACGGGCUCAGCCUGGAGUUUAAUUUCAUCCAAAGUGAUGCUGAGUCGGAAUCUGUCUCAAAACACAAGAGAGUGCCGAGGGGUGCAGGCGAUGGCAGCACCAAUCAACAGGAUCAGCACGGCCAAAGCUACCCGAGGCCUUACGACCCAAAGAAUUACUUCACAACACCCAAAUCUAUUCAGCGCUCCAACUCGACACUUUUCCUGGACAGACGCAGUGGUACUACCAGCGGCUCGCUUUGGGAGGACGGCGCUGGGAACAACCGUUCAGCGGAGAGGGGUACAAUUGGCAUCCACAACCCCCUGUACCCAGUCACGGAGAGCUCUUACAGCGCCUAUGCUGUGAUGCUUCUGUCCCUGAUAGUGUUCGCAGUGGGCAUUACCGGCAACCUGGCUGUCAUGUGCAUUGUGUGGCAUAACUACUACAUGAAAAGUGCCUGGAACUCUAUCCUAGCCAGUCUGGCAUUCUGGGACUUUUUGGUGCUUUUCUUCUGUUUACCCGUGGUCGUCUUUAACGAAAUAACCAAGAAAAGGCUACUGGGGGAUGUUUCGUGCCGGAUCGUUCCCUUCCUGGAGGUGACGUCCCUGGGGGUGACCACAUUCAGCCUGUGUGCCCUGGGCAUCGACCGCUUUCACGCCGCCACCAGCCUGGAGCCCAACACCCAGCAGGUGGAGCAGUGUCAGUCCAUCCUGGCCAAGCUGGCCGUGGUGUGGAUCGGCUCCACGAUCCUGGCCCUGCCUGAACUGCUGCUGUGGCAGCUCAACCAGGAUGCGUCCGGGCCUGGGGGUGUGGUGGUGGACUCCUGCACCAUGAGGCCGUCUCCCAGCCUCCCCGAGUCCAUCUACUCGCUGGUGCACACGUACCACGACGCCCGCAUGUGGUGGUACUUCGGCUGCUACUUCUGCCUACCCCUGCUCUUUACCCUGUCCUGCCAGCUGGUGACCCGGCGCAUCAGCCUGGAGCCGCGCCCGCUCCCCUCGUCAUCCUCCUCCUCGUCCUCUUCCUCCUCCUCCUCCUCCUCCUCUCCCAAGAAGCUCCAGCAGAAGAAGCAUGAGCAGAAGCGCAGCCGGCAGCUGAACUGCACCGUGGUGGCGCUGGCCACGGUCUACGCCGUGUGCGGGCUGCCGGAGAAUGUGUGCAACAUCGCACUGGCCUACACCUCCGUCCAGGUGUCCGCGCCCACCCAAGCCCUGCUGGCCCUCAUCAACCAGUUCUUCCUCUUCUUCCGCUCCUCCAUCACACCCGUGCUCCUGAUCUGCCUGUGCAGGUCGCUGGGCCAGUCCUUCAUGGACUGCUGCUGCUGCUGUUGUGAGGAGUGUCUGUCCGACGGCGCCUCCUCCACCUCCUCUUCCUCCCCGUCCUCCACCUCCGCCUCCACCUCCUCUUCCUCCCCGUCCUCCCGCUGCACCGUGGGGGGCAAACCCAAGGCCACUGCCUCAGAAAUCCCCCCUUCCAUCCUCUUUGACAAGGCCAAGGACAGCUCCUCCAUCUUAGCCAUUGGCACGCCCUGCUGAGGUGUGACCUUGACUUUGACCUUGCUCUGAUGACAUUGUGCUUCAAUAUGGAGCAAAACCCCUCAAGAACCAAGAGGAGAGGUGAAAGAGCUCCACGGGAUUGCUUGACUGCUAGACUUUUGUUAUAUUCAAUGUUUUCUGUAUUUCACUUUGUAAAAGAAAAAAGCCAGUACCUUCGCUGUGAAAUUUGAGUGUGUUUACUAACAUUCUGUGGUUGCCAAUGGUAAAGGAAAAACUAGGACUGCCACUUAUGUUAUGUUUACACUGCAGUUGAAAUCUUUUUUAUAUCUUUAUUUCUUGACCCGCCGUGUACUUAUUUUAAACCUGUGGCUGUGUUUGGACGCACAAGCAAAUGAUUGAAAUCAUACACAGCAGCUUGGUUUAUUCAUGGAUAGACAGUAGAUGUUUCAAUUUUGCCUUUGACAAAUAUUUUAGUGCCACUAAAUCCAAGGCCUUGGGCUCUGUCCUGCUGAUCUCCUGGAACAUUAAGUGUUUUGACUCCUUCCUUUCAGUUUUGCUUAUGGAGAAGUUUGAUUGUGCUCUUGUUGUUUUAAAAAUGUUAACCUACGUUGAAGAUGUCAUUCACCUGUGCCAAGAUAAUCUUGGCAAAGAGAGCUUUAAAAUGCAAUGCCCUGUGCCAAAUCCAAUCCAGGCAUACAGACAUGAGUGACAUGGGAGCUAGAGAUAAACACCUCAUGUAACUGUGGUAUAGCCUUCUUCAUCAUCAGAUCCCAUGGGGCUCUUUUUCAUUUAGAAAUCACAGUAAAACAGAUCUGAUAUUGUGAAAUCUCUUGAAAUCACCUGUGUAAACAUAGGUUUUGAUCUUUUUGGCUUCAAUACAUCAGUCUCCCUCUGCAAGUACAAAGUGAAUCAUACUGUGAGAUUUAUUAUAGAUUACUGAGCUACAGCUAGCCUAACAUACACUUUGCUUGGGUUUAGACCAUAGUUCUUUUAUUUGUAUUUUUUUCUGUGAUACUAUGAACAGCAGACUGCCAUAAUUAAUGCUACUGGGAAUCUGCUGGAAAUCCAUACAAAACACCUAAUCAGCUUUGCAGUCAACAUGGCGGCCUAUGGCGGCCUGUAGCAUAGUGGUUAAGGUAAAUGACUGGGACACGCAAGGUCAGUGGUUCUAAUCCCGGUGUAGCCACGAUAAGAUCCGCACAGCCGUUGGGCCCUUGAGCAAGGCCCUUAAGCCUGCAUUGCUCCAGGGGAGGAUUGUCUCCUGCUUAGUCUAAUCAACCGUACGUUGCUCUGGAUAAGAGCGUCUGCUAAAUGCCAAUAAUGUAAUGCAAUGUAAUUUAAAUGCACUGUUUCAUAUCUAAUUAUGACCAUGAGGUUCAUUGCAGACCGUGAAUAUCAGGCCUUGGCAUCAAUGUCUCACUGGGGUCUCAUGCCUGUAUUAGGUAUUGAACUUUGAUUCCCAGUGUCUAACUGCAUUUCUCUUUGGGAUGUGAUUUAUGGAACUUUCUACAGUGCAUCAAGAACGCAUCCUGCAUGCCUGCAUGUUAGUAAGCCGUCUUAAUACUAUUUAAAUAGAGUACUCUUUAUUAGUGGUAAAUUAACUUUAGUAAUAUUAUUUUAAAAAUCAUAGCACUUGAUAUUCAGUUUAAAGCUUACGGUAGUAGAUGUGACUAAUUUAAUGGGGAUUUAAGCACUGAUACAAAGCGGCUAUGCUAUGUUUUCAUUUGGAAAUUAUCUACAGUUGAGCUUGUUCUGUGAUAUUAUUUUACUCCGUCAUAUGGAUAGUGUGACUGAAAAGGUGAAAAAAAAAAAAAAAAAAACUGUCAUAGUAACCAAAGAGUGGUACAUCUUGGAAGACUUAAUUGGUAAACUGUUUGCCGAGUAUCUCUAAACUGGAAAUUGGCUUUGGAAAAUAUUCCUCAGAAGUUGGACUGUGGACAAUCCUUAAAUUGCCUUUAAACAUACCCAGAUUUUUAUGCGUUCUACUUUGCAUAUUAGUGAUAUUGGUGUCUAGUUUGAGUUUGGUAUUUCAAUAACAAUAUAGUUUUGUUCUUAAUUUUGGAGUUCAUAUGACCAGGCGGUGUCAUGAUGGUGUUACUCUUAUUGAACCGCAAACCAUGCAAAAAUGAUGCAUGGUUUGACUUUUUUAAACAUAAAAUAAAUAUUCUUGUGUAAAUUGACUUUACCAGAAAAUAUGAUAUACAUGUGAAUGCCCAUUUUUUUGGUAUUUUUAUGCUUGUUCUUGCUAAUAAAAUGUUUGUAAAUCA